UCCUGUUUGCGCUUCAAAAAACUCUACCGACGCCCUCCCUCCCGUCCCGUACCAUCCCCUCUUCUCUCACGCACACACUCUCUCUCCUCUCUCCCUAAAAUUCCUAAUUACAUUUGAAACCGAUUACCAGUAGCGGGGAAGAGAGGGGGGGUGCUGAUGCCGCUCGAGCCCACAUCAAAUUCACCCAUUUAAACUCCAAACGACGCCCCCAGUAUGGCAUUCCAUGUCGCUUGCCCUAUUACAUGUCAGCGCAUCUGUUUCUGCACGCUUGGCUUCCCGGAGCCCCUUCGCACUGAAGAUGGGAGGAGGGAUUUCCUGGAAGAUGUCUGCAGGCUUGAGGAGCUGCUCCCGGAUCCGUGGUUCCUUCGCGCCGGAUGUCGGCGGACCGUCCAGGUUGCUGUUCCCAGGGUCAACGUCGGGGCUGGGCGGUCGAUCGAACAUGGGAUUGGCGAGAACGGGUCACUUGUCGCUGCUGGUUCUGCCAACGGGGAGGAGGCGCUGUCGCUGCAGAUGAAGCGGGUUGCUAUGCAGAAGAAGGCGGUUGAGGCAUCGUUGGCUGCUGAAGAUUACGCGCGGCGGCUCGAGGCUGGGGAAGUUCCUGAUGCUUCUGGAGAAGCUUCUAAGGAAGUAAUGUGUAGAUUGUGCUAUUCUGGUGAAAACGAAGGAAGUGAUAGGGCUGCUAGAAUGCUCUCAUGCAGAAAUUGCAGUAAAAAAUACCACAGGACUUGCUUGAAAAGCUGGGCACAACAUAGAGACUUGUUUGACUGGAGUUCUUGGAUUUGUCCAUUUUGUCGCAGUUGUGAGGCAUGUAGAAAAAUUGGAGAUCCUAAGAAGUUUAUGUUCUGUAAGAGGUGUGACCGUGCUUACCAUUCAUACUGUCAGCAUCCCCCACAUAAAAAUGUUUCUUCUGGUCCUUAUUUGUGUCCAAACCAUACGAGAUGCCAUAGCUGUGGAUCUACAGUACCUGGGAAUGGUCCCAGUACAAGAUGGUUCUUGAGCUAUACUUGCUGUGAUGCAUGUGGGAGGCUGUUUGUGAAGGGAAAUUAUUGCCCAGUCUGCUUGAAGGUUUACAGGGAUUCUGAACCAACACCCAUGGUAUGCUGUGAUGUUUGCCAGCGCUGGGUGCAUUGUCAGUGUGACGGUAUCAGUGAUGAGAAGUAUCGGCAGUUCCAAGCAGAUACUAACCUGUAUUACAAAUGUGCAGCAUGCCGUGGAGAUUGCUACCAAGUGAAAGACAUUGAUGAUGCUAUUCAAGAGCUUUGGAAGAGGAGAGAUCUGGCUGAUCGUGCUCAAAUUGCUAGCCUGAGGGCAGCAGCUGGACUGACUCAGGACGCUGUAUCAAUUUCACCUUAUUCUGAUGAUGAAGAAUGCCAUGUAACAUUGUCCAGGAAUGAAGGGAAACCUUUGAAAUUUUCUUUUAAGGGGUUAUCUAAUUCAAAAGAGCAAGGAAAGAGCUGCUCGAAGAACGUAAAGCAAUAUAAGAAAAUUACAAAGAAGAAGGAUAUGCAGGUGCAGCCCCAUGGAACGGUGAAUUUGCAUCAAAACUAUGGCCUGUUACUGGAAGAAAAAUCACUUCAGGAUGAUAUGAUCUAUGAAAAGGCUGACAAUACAAAUUCUGAGAGGACAGAAGGGGGAGACUUUUUUGUGCCUGUUAGUCCUGCUAUUGGUGCAGGAAACUGCACAACCAAUCAAGUUGUUGAAGAAAAUAUGGUAAAUUCAGAUGACAGGGCACCCAAGUCUACCCAAAUCAGGCAUACACGCUUAAAUAGCUUGGGUUAUGAAGUUAACCAAAAGCUCUCUGGUCAAUCGGAAACUGGGAAAGGAAAAAAAUUGGUAAUUCAUCUUGGUUCGAGAAACCGGAUUGCAGCUGAUACUCCGAAAUUGGAAAACUCAAGUGGUCACAGAGAACAAGAUUCUUCAACUGUACUUGGAAGCAAGGAAACCAGCCAACAAAAACUGAGGCUUACUUAUCCAUCUGAACUACAUGAUCGGGCAGUUAGGCUUGAUGAUAAGCAGGGUGCUAACUUUGAUACCACAUCUCCGUCGAAGAGGUUAAUACGGAGAAGCAAAGAAAGCAGUUUGUUCAAGUGUAAGGUUGAAUCUGAUUCUGACCUGUCAAACCAUAAAGUGGAUGGAGAAAGGGCUAUACAAGCAUCGGAAUCUCAGCCAGUGGGUAAAAUCCAUGAGAAAAAGGCUAAAAUAGAAACCUUUGCAGUAGUAGAGUCUGAGUCUGCUUCAAAUAAUGAGACCGUUUUAUGGAGGAAAAACAGCAACACAAAUGCUGGUGGAAACAAUCAGAAUAUGCCAUCUCCUUCUCCAAUGACUUCAAAGCCUUUCCUGAAGGUGAAAUUCAAAACAUUGUCUCUCGAGAACCGUAAUUCUUGGGUUUCCCAAAGUGAAGAGGAGACAAAGAACCUCAUUAAAGGACAGAGAUCAAAGAGGAAGAGGCCAUCACUUAUGCUGGAAAAAGGCAGUGUAACAGAUGACCGGAGCUCUAAUGCAUUCUUGUGUCGAGAUAAUCCAGUGGAUCAAGAAAUGGAUGCUAGGAUACUUAAGAAAUUAGGCAAGGAUGCAGUUGGAAAAGAAGUCGAAGUUUAUGAAGCAUUGGAUAAUUCUUGGCACAGAGGUGUGGUCAUUGGUACUGUUCAAGGAACAUCAGCACUUUCGGUAUCUCUGGAUGAUGGCAGAGAUGUGACCUUAGAAUUCGGCAAGCAUCAGGUACGGUUCAUUUCUCAAAAACCAAAGCUCUCAAAGAGGUGAUUGAAUCUGUGAGGAGAAGGGGACAUCUCAAGUUACAUUUUGAAGAGGCACCACCAAUUUUAUAACUCGAUCAUCAGAAUGCUGCUUCUUGGGGUGAGUUGCUGCUCAAUGUCUUUUUGAUGGUGGCCGAAUCAUACCUGUCCUUAUGUUUGUACACUAUUCGGGGUCAUAAGAAGAUGACCCAUAUCCAGGCUUCUGAUGUUCCAGUUGCUUCAAUAUAUUUUUCACCAUUCUUCAACGGCGGUUUGGUUCUUGCUUUAAGUAUAUGUUAUGAUGACUGACCGAAAGUUAAUGAAAUUUUUUUAGUCUAA